CCCCUUCCCGACUCGCACUGCAGCUGCCACAGCGAACCCAGGUCCCCGUUCUCCUCCUCCCAGGCGUCCCUGCCCUCUGACGCACGCCAGGCCCACAGACCCCGCCUUCCCUGGCGCGGCCUCUCUAGCCUCCGGAGGGCGGCUCCUCUCGGUGAUCUUAACCCUUUCCUUCCAAGCGCCGCGGUGCGUUACCAGGGCUGAGGAGAGCUGGCGGCGCGCAGGCGAGCAGACGCCCGGACCCGCUCCGGAGAAAGACCGCGCGUGAGACAGCCCGAGUGACACCGAGACCUAAGGAGCCCGAGCGACAGAGAUAGAGAGAAGCGGACCUAGCGGAGAAAUGGCCAGCAUCACAACCUAGCUCCGUGACCUUGAGUGAGUGGCUGAACAUUUCUGAUCCUCACGUACCUCAUCUGCAAGUGAGAGGCAUAGAUCUCACUCGCGAUGGCAUCAGCAGCAUUGACGAUGUGAACCUAGUGAUCAGUGACCCGGGUGACCAGCAGAGCCGCUGACAAGACUAUCCCCUCUCUUCCUGAUAGAGGAGAAUACAGCUAAUCCGUGCAGGUGACAAAGAUACAGAACAGCAGCGUGGCACUGCACUGUCUGGAACUCAGACUCCUUUUUCCCUGGCGUUGUAUAAGUCUGGUGUGUUCUGGCCACACGCUUCCCUCGCCACCUCUUAGCUAUUCGAAAACCUCCAGCUUCACCUUCCCGGCUAGACCCCCGGGCUGGGCGGAGCUUCUAGCUCUAACUGGACCCCCAUGGAUCCACUCCAGAAAUGGAACCCAGCGUUGGUUUCCGGAUCUUCCCAGGUGACCGCUGGGGAGAACUCGCAGGAGGGUGCGGCAGCCUCUCAGCCUUCUUCCUCGGAACAGCUAAUGAUGGGCCUCAGCGGCCUGAACCCCAGUCCUGGUCCUGGCCUCUCUGCCCCUCUGCCAGAGGGGCUGUUCCAGCAGCAGUACAGGGAGGAGAAGACCCUGCGGGAGCGGCGCUGGGAGCGGCUGGGCUUCCCUCAGAGGAAGAAAGCAUUCCUGGGUCACCUGAGACGCAGGCACCGCGAUCACAUGGCACCUUACCCAGUGGAAAGGGAGACCAGGGUCUACCCCACAGGCGACAGAGCUCAGAAUCGGUUCCGAUGUGAAUGUCGCUACUGCCAGGGCCACAGGCCGAGUAUUUCUGGGCUCUCUGGCGAGAGGAAUGGGGCCCCCAACCCUUCCUCCUGGGAAACGCUAGUGCAGGGCCUCAGCGGCUUGACCCUCAGCCUGGGCACCAACCGGUCUGGCCUUCUGCCAGAAGGGGCACAGCAGCAGCAGCAGGAGCAAGAGGAGAAGUGCCAACUGGAGAAGCAGCAGGAAAGCAAGAGAAUGUUCCAGAGGCUGCUCAAGCAGUGGUUGGAAGAAAACUGAGAGCCCCCUGCCCCCUUUCAUGGGGCGGAGACCUGAAGGGAUUCAGACAGUGCUGUGUUGCCAGCUCCUGGGGAUGGGCUCCUUCUGGGGACCAGACAGUCAGCUGUUGUCGGAGGAGUCCCAAGACUAGUUUUGUGACUGGAUGGAUUCCUAUUGGCGUGAGAUUUGACCCACUCCCAGGGAGGUCCUCCUCUUCCUGCCUGUCAUCUGUGAAGCGCUGUGGGGCACCCUGGGGCAAGGGAGACUGCACACCAGUGGACCUCACCUCAUCCCAUAUGGCUCUCAUGCCGCAUGUUGUCGCUUUCCCAGCCUGGAUCUGCGUCUUUGCUCCCUACCUUGUUGUCAGUAAGAUAUAAGAUGUCUAUGUAGUGUGAAUGCCUUGUUCAUGUCCUUGUGCUUUUGUGCCGUUUUAUCGACUGCCUCCUGGGAGCAGUGCUAGGGCUGUUUGAAAUGGCGGUGCGCAACACUGAGAUCCAGGUUCGAGAAUCUGCAGCUAAACAAAGUGUGGGAAAGGGGUGUGGCAUUGGAACUUGGUGGCUCACUAUUGUACUGUCUGUGUAAACUAUUAUGACUAUGAUAAGCUAACUGUAAGUAAAUGUUUCCCUGCUCCUUAACCAUUGAGUAGUAUUCCCCCCGCGCAGGAUUUUCUGAUGGGGUACCUCAUCGUCAAUACCAAAUAAACACGUGUAUGAAAGGAAA